AUGACGGACCAAGCUCCGCUAGGUCCUGCAGGCAUACCAGUCCCGGACGACGGAGCGAGCAACCUGAGCAUGUCCUUUGAUGGUAAUGCUCCAGGUGAGGACGCCGCUCCCCGGGAGGGUGAGCUCCCGUUGACCACAACCGCACUAAGGCUACAUGACCAUAGGCUCUUUCAGAAGGGUGCAGUUUCCGAGGCCGGUGUCACCACCGGUGCCUCGAGCCGUCAGACUGCGUCCGCGCCUUGGCAGGUUGUGUCCCCUAGUGCUAGACAACCACCGGCCAGCCUUCCGAUAGCAGCCGGAGGAAGCUCAUCCCAAGAUAUUAGUCCGUCAGCCCAGAGUCUUUUCCCACCGACCUCCUCGACUAUGAACAGUUUGACAAUCGGCGAUCAGCGAAUCCUGCAGAAUCAAGCAAACAUUAGCAAUGUGUUUGUUCAGAACGACAGGUCGCCGUUACUCGAGCAAAUAGCUGAACAUCGCCACAAUCAGAUCAUUGGUCAGAUCGCAAACAAUUUUCAGGAGCAACUCCAAGCAAUGGGUAUGAAUGUCAUGUCGGGAGUGUCACAACUCAGAGUUGAACUUGCUCAGGCCGAAACCAGAUUAGGUAGUGAGGAGACACAGGCCAGACAGAGAUUGGCAACAGGUCAGUCGCAGCUUGACUCGCAGGCCAAUGAGAUCAACGUGGCACGAGGUGAAGCUCAAGCUUUGGCCCAAAGACUAAGCGCUGCUGAGAGCCACGCUGACGCUACCUACGCUAGGUUGCGUGAUCAACUUCACCAAACGGAAGCUAAGGCCGUCAGCAACGCGGAUCUCCUCAAUGCUGAAAUGGACAGUGCCCGUGUCGCCGCUGCUCAGGCAACACAUGCAGUUCAGGCGACAUCUGAGGUUGAGAUUUCACGCUUGACUGCUGAAGUUAGGGAUUUCAGGGUGAUGAUGAGUCACGAGUCAGAGAAGAGAAAGAUGGCUGAAAAGGAGAAUGCUGAACUGAAAUCGCAGCUAAACCAGGCCAUCGCGGCUCUGCAGGCUCAUGCAAGCGCAACGGGGUCCGCCCCAUCUGCGCCACCGGGUCUGAUCCCUACCUAUCCCAUCAAUACUCCGCCUCAGGACGCCAAAGGGUCAAGGCCCCGACGCCACCCUGACGGGGGAGGCCCUGAUGGAGAUGAUGACGGCAGCGAUGAUGAUGACUCGAGCAGCAGUCAUAAGAAGAAAAAGAGCAAGAAGAAAGACAAGAAAAACAAGAAGAGGGAUUCCAGUUCCUCUUCUGAUCUCUCGCCCAAGCAGCUCAAGGCAAUCAUCAAGCAACUUGCCAAAGGAAAGACUAACGAGAAGGAGGAAGUUGAUGAGGAUGUAAACAAGACCAAAUCCAAGGAGGCCGAGAAGAUCCUGUUCCCCAAGUUCCCGACACCUGAACAGUACAGGAACUGGCGAAUUAGGGUUCGUGAAGCUGUAGUUGCAGCGUCCAAUAAGCCGGAUGAAGCUUUUGAAUGGCUUUCGAAGGUAUGGGACAAGGACUCUAAGGAAGAAGAGUUAAGGGACACAGGUGGCUUCUCUACUCUCGAUGCCAAGGUCUUGUCGGCAGUGACAAAUGUCCUUGAAGGUGACUUCGCGCGCCAAAUGGACACCCUCAAGGAGAGGGAGGCUCACGCCGGGAGGCUAGUGAGGGGCAUUCAGACCACCCCUGAAGACAAGGUUCUCGAACCGCUCUUUCAUAGGCAGGUAAAGAAAUGCAAAGCACUUCAGCACGAUAUUGCCAUCUAUGAAAGGGCUGCCGAAGGCUCCAGUGAAAGAUCGUUUAAAUUUCUCUACGACGCCGCCAAUAGCCACUUGAAUCGAAAAAGGCUCGAGAGGAACCGGGAGCGGAUUGCCAAGCAAACUGGAGCUCCUGCUGUUCCUACUGCGCCUGCACCCAAGAAAGUACCCAAAGGGUUUUGCAUCUCUUUUGUCAAGAACGGCAGUUGCAAGAAUGGUGGCACGGACGUGGCAGAUCGCAGUCACCCGGCGGAGGCCGAGGGAGAAGUCCUUCAAGACCCAACUCCCCGUCAGGAAAGCCUCGAGUGUGCAAGUUCUACAAACAAGGUCGUUGCGACCGGCUCCAGGGCUAGCUCCAAGGGUUCUAAGGGAAGCAAGGGUUCGAAAGGAUCACAUGGCUCCGGGAACUCGAAGGGCUCAGCUCGAAGGAGGAGUGGCGGACCUUCUCUCCCUGCAGCAGUUUGCCUUCUAGGAGCAAUGAUGGCCGGCACGGCUUCCCAAGCCGACGCUUUUACUCUCCGGAAGGAUGAGUCGUACUGGCCCCCUCAGUGUUCCACUGACAUGCGUUUGGCGCUACCAGCAGUGUCUUUUGACAACAGCCCAAUGUACAUCAACUUCCCACUCAGAGAUGGAGAGCUUAAGUUCCCUGUUGAGAAUCCUCAGCGCAGGUAUGACAAGAAGUGGUCUGUUGACUACACUCCCAAGCCAGACAAUCAAUCCACCAGAGAUGCACUUAUGGCCGCUCGCAUGUUGAGAGCUACGGUCAAAGACAGUCUGGAGGACAAACCAAGCCGUUGCAAUUACUGUUGCGAUACGGAGUUUGGUUGCAACUAUUGCAUUCCAAAAGGGUUGAGAGUGUCUUGUCCCGCUAAGGUUCAACUAUCAUCAGAAUCGCCACCCAUCGAAUGGAUUGGUGACACAGGGAGUGCUCAGGAUCUCAUCUCAGAGCGGGAGCUUGUGAAUCUGCAUCCGUACGAAUCGGACUGCCCAAUCAACAUUUGCACUGCGAAUGGACCGAGUUACGCAGGCACGCAAUGUGAUGUAGGGAUACCAUCCCUCAACAGCAUAGCCAAGCCUUAUGUUCUCCCCGACACUCCCAAUGUUCUUUCAGUAGGACAGAGAUGCAUGGAUCUGGGUUACGACUUCAUUUGGAAAGGAUUUCAGAGACCCUAUUUCAGGAGUCCGGGAGGUGACAAGGUUUUCCUUGAUGUGAAGGAUAACGUUCCGUACUUGAAGUCUUGGAAGGAGGGUAUCGCUUGUCCUGCCCAUUCAAGACACGAGUCUACUCGGAUCGAUACGGAUGAUGCUGUUGAGACCAUCACCAACCCUGAACAGAUUGCCGCGCAACUUAUCCAGGAGCAGGAUUUCUCCCAUCAGGCAUGCUUGCGAUUGCUGAAGGACUCAAACUUUAAGCAAUCUAGGUUCAACAGGAAAGCCAUCAAACCGAAGGACAGUAAGGACUCGAAGUACAUGAUUUUCGGGGCUUUUUCACAUGGGGGGAUGCAAGGGAUAACCAAUCGCACUCAUUCCUACCCCAAGGUGAUUAAGUACCUUCUGUCCUAUCUUAAACAUCAUGGAGCGGAUGGCCCAAUAACAUCGAUUGCUGUCAAUCAGAACUCAGGCGUUAAAAUGCACAAGGAUGUCAACAAUCACCGUGAACACCUCAACUACACCAUUGCAGUCGGCGAUUUCACCGGAGGCGAAUUGUGGAUUCACGAUGACACCAUCCGGAAGGAUGAGCCAGGUUGCAUCAACAAGAUCGCCCCCACUGGUGCCAAACUGGGAGGUCGUUUGCACAGGUCGAAGUCGAAGAUCAUUUCCUUCGAUCCAAAGACUUUCCAUUGCGUCACUCCCUGGAAGGGCGAGCGUUGGAGCAUCACGGGAUACGUCAAUCGCGCUGUGCACAGGCUGGAUUCGCAUCAGCUAGAGAAGCUUAAGUCACUGGGGUUCUUGCUGCCGAAACAGAAGAACUUCCCUCCAGCAGUGCCUGCGGAAAUCGAUGAGGAGAUGACUCUUUACGAGUUAGCUACUAUGGAUCCUCCAGCUCCGGCCCCAGAACCGAAAAGCAAGCCUAAAGUGAAGUUGAAAAAAAAGCCUGAGGAACCCUCAGACAAGAAGAAGAUUGCCAAAGAAGCCUCCAAAGCCGAACCACCUUCGGAUGAACCAGAUUGGUCAAAAGUGAGCCGAGCGUCCUCCCUCCUCCUCCGGAAGGAGAGAGGCAUGCUCCAGAUGGGGAUCCUGGUGAGGGUAGUGGUGGGGAAGGACUUCCAUGAAUGCAUCAAGCCCAUAAGAGCAUACCAGUUCAAGGUGCCUGAAGGUGAUUUCACUUUUCCCAUGAAACAGAGGUACGAACGUGUGCAACAAGGUCUCGCUGCCGAUGCCCUCGAGCGACCAGCGACGGAGUCACUCCACAAUCAGGAGAAGGCCAUUGAUGAUGAGGCUCGAGAGCAAGCUUUGAGAGAUCUCGAGGACAUCAUAGCCGAUUGUGAUGAAUGGCGUCAUGUACGCAAGCGCAACAAGAAGCUCAGCUUCAAAUGGGCCCAAGCUUCUCUUGACGUUGAAUGGGAAAAGUUGAUGAAGAAGAAAGCCUGGGACAUGUCAUCUGUUCGUGAAUGGGAAGAAGUCUCUAAAGAGGCAGCCAAAAGAGGAAAGAAGGCCCACGUUGGCAAAAUCUUUGAAAUCUGCGUGGAAAAGGGCAGUGAGCUUCCUAAAGGGAAUCCCUUACGGAAGUUCAAGGGUAGGACCGUCUUUCAGGGCAACAAUGUGAAGGACGAGAACAAUGACACCGCUCUCUUUAGUGAGCUGGGCUCUAGUCCCGCCACCAUGGAAGCGGGUAAGGUUCUCGACGCCUAUGGCCAUGCCCCCGGCCACGAUGUGGAACAGGGGGAUGGUAAACAGGCGUACACGCAAACGACUCUGAAAGGCGCUGACACUUGGGUCAGGCUCCCACGUGAGCGUUGGCCUAAGGAGUGGGUCGGCAAGUUUAGGGACCCCGUCGUCCGCCUCAGAUUGGCUCUUUACGGGCACCCAGACAGCGGGGGCUUCUGGGAGCAACAUUGCGAAAAGCGCUUGCGGGAGGUUGGUUUUGAGCUCGUGUUUCCCGCUGCAUGGCCAUCUGUCUUUUAUCAUCCCACAUUGAAGCUUUUAUUAGCCGUGUAUGUAGAUGAUUUCAAGAUGGCCGGGCCAAAAGAGAACAAUCCAGAAGUGGAGAGCCUAAUCUACUCAAUGAAGUGGGGGUAUCACCUCGACCAGCUCAUCGAUGAGGCGCUCAAGCACCUUAACGAGGCGAGGGAUCACCACCCGGAAGGGGCGGCUACCCACAUCAUUUUUGGAUGGUCAGGAAACGAUGUAUGGGGCCAACACGGCUAUCAUGGCUACACUUGGCAUCUUCAGAGCAAGUUCACAAAGCGAACAGCCGAGGAGCUCGAGCAGAUUGACACUUGGCCUGCAAAGCAGAAGCUUCGUGUUGAUCGGGCGUGUGAGAGAGCGUGCAAGCUCCUCCACCGGACUGACGUCUCGGGUGUGUCUUUCUUGAUGGGCAGCCAUCACUCCUGUUUCUUCCCGGUCGGGGAGCUCUAUGACAGGUGCAUGAAGAAGCACGCCCGAGAUCUGAUGAGCGGAGGAUGCACCAUCAUUGACCCUGUGGAGCUCUAUGAGCAGACCAGCAGGCCUGAUGGCUUCCACGCUGACGCGUCGGAUCAAAAUCUGCAGAGCACCCUUAGGUGGCACGCGGCGAUGCUCCGCGGCAUACUCACAGAUUACCGCCUUCUCGCUGUUGAGCAGCAACUCAUCGCAAAUCAAAGAGAAGCCGUUUUUCAUGCACACUAUGUGUUGAACAAGCCCGAACCGUUCCUCACCGUGCCCCCUGCGUCCGGUAGAAUCCUUUCCAAGAUUGUCGAUUCACCGGACCCACCUCUGGCGAGGGAGGCAGAAGAGGAGAUUGUGUUGGCCGGUCCACUCCUGGCGGAGGCGGAGUACGAAGUUGUCGACGACGACUCGGCUCAGAGCUGCAAUCCGCAGCCCAUCACUGAGUUAGACUUUGCCAGGAAUGACACCAGGCCUGGCGCAGGUUGCGUCCUCGCGAUUGAAGACAGCGACCCGAUCAACGUGGUUGCUGAGGAACACCUCGUCAUGGCCAACCAAGCGGCAGAGGGCAUCACGCAGGAAGAACUCACCGCGGUCGCGGCUGAAGAGGAAAUUACCCUCCUCAGUCAAUUCGUGGAGCAGGAUGAUGAUCCAUAUGAGAAUGCCGACACCUACUCCUUGAAGAGAGCUGAAGUGGUCGCGCCUCCUUCUCCCGUGGUCGUCAUCAGUGACCCCGACGCCCCUCAGCCGAGCGAGGCCGUUUCUCAGGCACCCCUUGUCCCCAAGGCAAAGCCGAGGCCUCCCACGCUGCCGCGUUGGGUUACUGCCGAUCAGCUCCCCGAUCUGCCGGAUGAUUACCGUUUCCUCACGGAGAACGCCCGGGUCUGCUUGUCGAAGAAGAUGUCCUUCCUUGCCCGGGGAUUCGCCAAUCGGCGAGCGCCAGAAAUGGCGGUCCACAUCUCAGCCAGGGACAAUUCUAUUGAAUGGUCCGAAUUUUUCGAGAAGUUGGGAAUGAUGUGGAGAGGCCUCCGUGUGGAGCACGUGGUGGACGUCCUCAAAUCCACUCACGACAAAGUGCGGUUCGAAGUCAAGGUUGUCAUUAAACCCGACAGGGAGGUCCAGCUGCGUGCCUUUAGAGCGAUUCAGGGGCACGACGGCAUACUCCUCUCGGAAGAGACGGACGUGAUGGCACUGAACACCCACUCGCUCAACUUCCAUGAGUACCGGCACUACAUCACUGACAUGACAAGGCCGUACCAAAUCGCCCAUGAAGAGAACCUCACGGUUGAAGAUGAGAUCAUCAGGCUCGAGGACCUCAAGUUCGCCGACAACGCACCGCGGCCCGAGCCACUGGCGGAAGCCAAGUGGGGUUCCACGCUCAAGGUGUGGUUCUCCGCAAAGGGCAUCCGAGUGGAUCGAAAGUACCGCUCCGAGCUCGACCAUUUCAUCGUCCAGGAGCUUGUUUCCUUUCCCUGGUUUUACUGCACCAGUUGCCGUAAACAUUACAUCGAUGGAAUGAUUGAGUGCCAGUUCUGCGGCUCCAGAAUCGCAGCUGAGAGUGACAUGGCACAUGUUGCCGAACCCAGCAAACGACGCCUGGAGUCCUCCCGGAAGGGACGGAACAUCGACAUCAUGUCGAUCGCCCCCCGGCCGGGGUUGGCAAUGAACCGGCACCGUGCAGAGCGAGGAACGCGCGAAGCACAAGAUCAAAGUCUCCCUGCAGCAGUACGCAGCAAAUGCGUGAGCAUGAGAAAAUCGGCAAUGAAGAGGGGAGGCCAGUCGAUCGCUGACGCUCUCACCAAUCCCCUCGACGCCUACAAUUUUGCGUCCCGUGGUAUGGGUAUCACUUCAUUGGCCCAGCUGGACAUGUUCGCCCAUUUGCACAAUCCAGCACCCGGGGCUGAUGCCAACGAGAGGAGAGCAUUCGCUGGCACUCACCGGGCUGACGCCAGAGUCUCAAUCGCCUAUCGUCCGGGAGACGACCGAGUCUCAUUGGAUGAAGCUUUCUUUGUGGCCUUUCAGUCAAGGCUCUAUCUCAUUGAUGAGAUAUCCAUGAUCAUCUAUGCCACCCAGCAGUCCCCGGAAGGGCGACAGAGACCCUUCACGAUUCUCUCUUACGAUGGUGACUUGUUCACACCAAGGGUAGGCACCGUCUCAGAAGUGAUGGCGGAGGUCAGUCGUUUCUUCCAGGAUCAACUUCCCCUGAGCGGAAGCCGUCAGGAUCCUGCACCACGCCACGUGGACUUGGCUCGAUCUCUCCGCAUCCCUGACGGGUUUGCUUGCCUCGGUCAGACCCAAUUGAAUGAGCUGCUCCGCGAUACCAGGUUUUACCAGCGGCAUCUGCACUCCAACCGUGUCGAGCCGGAGUGGAUUCGUCCCACGAGAGCGUCCUCACUCGGAAUGAUGCGACCUCCUCCUCCUCCCACAGCUGAUCGCAGAAGCUCAGCGCCGGCCCGUCGCCCAGCGGAAGCUGAAGGCUACCGCCCACCGACAGCAAAGUACGGGCCUUCUAUGGGAGCGAGGGAGCGCACGCCGUCAAGGGCUACAUCGAGGGGCAGAUCUCCAGGUCUCAGCUCAGCAAUGCCUGCGAGGCCACCGCCACAGCGCAGGGCUUCGACCCCGCGGCCUCCGCCAGUGCGACGCCCGGGUUCCCCUGGAGAGGUGCGCACAUCCCGCAGACGCGUGGAUCCCACUGGACCAAGCAUGACGGAAGGAGAAUGGUUGGCCGAGAGGCGCAGCCGAGUCGAUGUCGAGAUUGGGAAAAGGCUCAGCAUUCUUCAGGAACUCUUUGCUGACCUUCCAGAGCACUACCCUUUCGACCAUGAUGGUGAUCUCAUCGACCCGACGCGGACGCGCUCGAGCACCUGGACCCUUCUUGACGGGUACUACUGGGCCAUGCUCAAGGCCCGGGAUGCGCACUGGGUGUCGGAAGAAGAGGUGGUGAACGCCCUUCCUGCUUGGGGAAACCCAGGGGGGAUCGUCGUCUACGACUACGACCACGUGUUGUGGUAUCUCAGAGGAUGGAAACACCACGUCACGAAUCCACACACUGGUGUGCAAGAGAGGCGGUACUAA